UGAUUAGUCGUUAGUCGUCGGUCGUCGAAGGAAGAAGAAGUCUAUUCUACUUCUUUCUUCACCGUUCGAUCGUCCUCUAAUGAAAGAAUCACCAAAGCCAAUGGCUACAAGCUCUUCCUCCUCCUCCUCCUUCUCCUCAAUUCCUCCUUCGUCUCCAUCAUCUUCUCCAGCCACCACAACCACGCCGCCACGUCAGAACAAUCUCCUCGAGCCACCAUCUUCAAAAAAGAAGAAAAACAAAUCAAACGUGUUCCGAGUCCUACGCACCGUGUUUCGCUCUUUCCCUAUCUUCACAACAUCAUCCAUAGCAUGCAAAAUCCCGGUUAUCAACCCCGGUUUAGGCGUAGCAGACCCUCAUCACAACACGUCAAGAGUCACCGGCACGUUGUUCGGAUACCGUAAAGGCCGAGUGAGUCUCUCCAUACAAGAAACCCCUAAAUGUUUACCUUCUUUAGUCGUAGAGCUCGCCAUGCAAACCACAACGUUUCAAAAAGAACUUAGCAUGGGGAUGGUUAGAAUCGCUCUCGAGACAGAGAAACAACCUAACAAUAAUAACAACAAAACAGAAAAGAACACAAAUAUUUUGGAUGAACCGUUGUGGACAAUGUAUUGUAAAGGAGACAAAACCGGUUACGGCGUGAGACGUGAAGCGAACGAUGAAGACUUAAGCGUGAUGGAACUGUUACGUCCGGUGUCUAUGGGAGCCGGAGUUUUGCCCGGAAACUCGGAGUCGGAAGGACCUGACGGUGAAAUGGCGUAUAUGAGAGCUUACUUUGAGAGAGUUGUUGGGUCUAAAGAUUCAGAGACUUUUUAUAUGUUGAGUCCUGAAGGAAAUAAUGGACCCGAGCUUAGUUUUUUCUUUGUAAGAGUUUGAUUUAAUUUGUUAAUUUAACGUGCAUGUAAAGGCCGGAGACGGUGGUUGACGUUAUAUAUAGUAUUAUUUUAGUAU